GUUAAUAUAAACCACAAUGGCGGUCAGAAAAAAGCUCGCAUCACAAACUGUGACAUUCUUUUAUUUCUUUUCUUUACUCUUACAGCAAAGUUGUCGGACGGCUGCGGGAGAUCUCCGGUGGGAUGAACAUGGUUACGUGUUGUACUGUCCUUGCAUGGGUCGCUUUGGGAACCAAGCAGACCACUUCCUGGGUUCUCUGGCCUUUGCGAAGAUGUUAAACCGAACCUUGGCAGUCCCUCCUUGGAUUGUGUACCGGCAUCACACUCCUCCAUACACCAAUGUCCACGUCCCAUACAGGGACUUCUUCAAACUGGAGGCCUUGUCCGCCUACCAUCGCGUGGUGGCUUUGGAGGACUUCAUGAGGGAGCUGGCAGACCAACACUGGCCUCCAGGACACAGGAAGGCCUAUUGCUUCGAGGCGGCUGCUCAGCGGAGCGCCGACAAACUCUCCUGUCCCAUGAAGGACGGGAACCCGUUCGGUCCGUUCUGGGAUUACGCCGGCGUGGAAUUUGACGAGUCGGUUCUUUUUAGUGGAAUAUCCUUCAGUAGCUACCAUCGGCAGCAGUGGAUGAAGACUUUCCCCCCCGACGAGCACCCGGUCCUGGCCAUGCCCGGAGCGCCGGCCCAGUUCCCGGUGGUGGAGGACCACGUGGGUCUGCAGCGCUACGUGGUGUGGUCGGACAAGAUGGCGGAGGAGGGUCAGGGGCACAUUGCUUCCCUGCUGACCAGACCGUAUGUCGGCAUUCACUUGAGGAUCGGCAGCGACUGGCAAAACGCCUGUGAACUGCUAAAGAGCGGCGACGCGGGGCCGCACUUCAUGGCCUCCCCGCAGUGCGUGGGCUACAGCCGACAGACGGCGCUGCCUCUCACCGCCGCCAUGUGUCUGCCCGACCUGGCCGAGAUCCGCCGCGCCGUCAAGCUGUGGGUGAAGAAGACCUCGGCUCGCUCCGUCUACAUCGCCACCGACUCCGAGUCCCACAGCGGCGACAUCGAGAAACUCUUUAAGGGCAAGGUAAAAGUGCUGAGUUUGCAUCCUGACUGGGCCCAGACGGAUCUUUACAUUCUGGGCCAGGCCGACCACUUCAUCGGAAACUGUGUCUCCUCUUUUUCUGCCUUCGUCAAGAGAGAGAGGGACGCCCACGGCCUUCCCUCCUCCUUUUUUGGCAUGGACCAGCCAGGAACGGCCGCUAAAACCGCAUCAGACUCAGAACGGGUACGAAAGCACCACUCGGACACACUCAGAUUUAACAGAACUGAACUUUAACCUCUUCUCGCGAGGGAAAGACGGACUAUAAGCGGGGUCAUGUGACCUCUCUUAGGACGCCAAUAGACUAUAUUUGGGUUCUAAGAAGUUCUUGACGUCUUCGAGAAAAAUGGCAGUACUUUACACAUUCUCCUCUGUAGUGCUAAUACUUUUAGCUCUUUCACAAUAAACAUAUGUUUGGAUACUUCAUACACAUUUUCCUUGGUAGUGCUAAUACUUUUAGCUCUUUCACAAUAAACAUAUAUUUGGAUAC